AUGUCAGUUACAGUUACAUUCCCGAAAUCUCCAUCUACGACAAAACGUACUCCAAUGUUUGGAAUUGAGUUGGAGUUCAAUAAAGAAGGCAGUAGUGAUGAUACUCUAGAUAAGGCGGCAUUGGCGGUUCCUUUGUUUAGUAUCGACAACCAGGAAUUUGUAUUGAUAAGAGACCUUGCCAGGUAUUGGGGCUAUCCGUCAUCGUACCAAUUGAUUGUUAAGUUGGUCAAAUGUGGCAAUAUUGAAAAGUCACAAAUCUUAAAGACCGAUAGGGAUUUGAAUAGAGAGUUGUUUGAGUUGGAUUUGAUUGAUGAAGCAGACACAAAGCUUGACCUUUUCUACAUUUCAUUACCCUUGGUUUACUCGCGGAUAGACAACAAACAGGUAUUUUAUGUGCCGCAUGAUCCAGACCAGGCAAAGGUGACGACUGCCCAAGUGAAAGUCUCAACGCAAGAGAAACCAGCAAGUGUGGUUGCAGCUGAAGAGGAUGAUGAUAAUUUGGAUGAUGAUGAGGAGGACGAAGUGGAUGAUGACAUGGAUGAAGAUAAUGAAGAGUCAUCUAAAACACACAAUCACGUGCACAACAACCAUUCAAAGUAUAUAAAUGACGAUAAGGUCACUAUUGGACAAGUGUUUCACCAAUAUGGGCUUGAUCCUUCGAUACCAUUAACCCAUUCAUUAUUCAAUAGUAUCAACUCAAUGUCGAAGCUAAACUAUUACAAGAACUUUGGAGUUUCCGGUUAUAGAUUUCUUCCCAAUAACAAGUUGUCCUAUGCCGAACGGGAUUUGGUGUUGAAUGCCAACAAUUACAAUGAUAUGCACAUUAACGAAAAGACAGAACCCAAAGCAAAAAAGAGUUUCCGUAAACCCAUUGGAAAGUCAAAGAAACACAACUUGCAAAUUGAUCCAAACUCCAUAGAUUUGAUCGAGUCAGUGAUUCCUGGGCAAGGGUUUAUACCUGACUUUAGUAUCAACCAUCUUUGCAAGGUCCCCAAUUAUUAUGUGACAUCGAACCACCAAAGUCUCCCACUGUCGUUCAGCACAAAGAACCUCAAUGCAACUUCCAAUUCAUCGUUCUUGUUCAACGAUAAUGUCAAGAUAAAGUCAAAAAGUAUUCAGAAGUUGGUGUUCAACAACGAUACCGACAAUUACCAUCACACAAAGUAUUUCUACACCAAAAGUUACCGUGGGCCAGGGUCGGGGAAUUACAAGGAUGGUGCGUUAAUGAACAAAAUCAACAAGAUACAUCUCUCCAGUAACAAAAAGCCCCGUCACAAGAGAAAGGUGUCGAACAACAACAGGUACAACAAGAGCUUAAAGGGGUUGGUCCACGAAAAGUUUGACAAGGAAUUUGUCGAGUACUUGCUUUCUGAGCAACGCAAGUAUACUGAGGACUAUUCCAAUCUUGAAAUGUUGCACAAUAAUUUACAGUUUAAUGUGCUUUUGAAUACGUAUCGAGGUGUUGCCCAAGAGACGUGGAAUAACUACUACAAGUUUAAAUUAAUUGAUUUUGAACAAUUGAAGGCUUUGCAAGUGGAAGCAAAUGAGCUUGAGGAGAGAAAAUUGGCUGCUGCUAGACACGCUGAGUGGGCUGAAGAAGAGAAACUUCGCCAAGAAAGGUUGCGUUUGACAUUUGAAGAUGAACGAAACGAGUUUGAGCAAUUACAAGGAGAGUUUAGUCAGAGAAAGAAGGUUUUGGAAGAAAAAUUGCGUCGUCGUCAGCUAGAGGCUUCUUUGAGUGAUACGUUUGAAGCGGAUAGUGAAAAUGAAGAUGAAGCUGAGCUUGGGCAAGUUCAACAAGAUUUUGAAACAAGUACCAACGAACUCAAGGCAAGGUUUGAAGCGAAAAGAAAGGACCUCAUAAACCCAGCUCCACCUCCACAGCCAAUUGAGACACCGCAGUUGGAUCUUAACAACAGGUUUAAUUUACCAACAGUGUAUCCAGAAAUUAUUCGAAACUUGCCAUUGGAGUUGCGAGGUAUUGUUCAAGAAAACAAGGAGGAGCUUCCGCCUAUUAAAAAGCCAAUACAUUAUGUAACUACGUACCCUGAGCGCCCAAAUCCAGAGUACCUUACACGAAUCGAGAUUAUCAAAUUGCCAAAUGCCAAUUCUGUUGGAUGGGAUAAUUUUAAAAAGUAUAAAGAUAGUGAUGUAUAG